AUGUCAGGUCGAAAUAUCUCCUACGGACGUGGAGGCGCCGGUAACAUCGCCAGCAUCACCCGCCAGCAGUCUGCCACUACACCCACCGAUCUUGUCACGCCGACAAUCAAACAGGAUGUUUAUACCACCGGUCGCGGAGGCCAGGGCAACAUGGUUCACAACGACCCGGACCGACCAGAGAUUGCGCGCGAGCGCCAGGACGUCGGCUCCCCACCGCUGCGGGCCGAGCAGUAUCCUCACCAUACCGGACGAGGUGGUGUUGCGAAUGCGUACAUCCCCACGCCCGAGGAGGAGGAGAUAGCUCGACAGCAAGCUCAGGCACAGGAGGCGGAGCUAAUUCGAGUGCACACCCAGGCUCAGGAUCGCAUUCGAGAAAGCGAAAAAGAGCGACAUGAUGUUCGUCAUCAGCAGUAG